UGUCAGCUGACCUCGCUGGGAAAUUUUGUUAACGAAACUGUCCGGUAUAGCCAUGUCCAGUAUCGGUGAUCCAUUUACUGGUCGAUUACAUGGUGUAUGACAGCAUGUGCUGAACUUAUAUUAUUUAUAAAACGUUUUCCAGCAGUUGUACCUUUGAAUCCGAGUCUACUGAAUCGGGUCCAACACCAUGCUACCCACAGUGACUGCUGUAGUUAGGUUUGCUCAGUACAAUGGCAGUAUUUCACCUACACCAUUUGAGAACACAUCAACAUUCCCAACUUGGCAACCUGACUCUGAAGCCAACAUCACCAAGCCUCACAAAUGUCUACAAGUUCUGUACGAGGACAUCGGAGACUCCAGAGUGCGGUUCUGGGACAUUUUACCUGUGCCUAAUGUGGCCUUCUUUGUAUUCCUGAUGUGGAAGCUGCCCUCAGCCAGGGCAAAGAUAAGACUCACCUCCAGCCCCAUCUUUGUCACCUUUUACUUGCUGGUGUUUGUUGUAGCAGCGGUUGGGAUUACCCGGGCCGUAGUGUCCAUGACUGUCAGUGCAUCCAGUGCUGCCACCAUCAUAGACAAAGUGCUGUGGGAAAUCACCCGUUUCUUCUUGCUGGCUAUCGAGCUCAGUGUUGUCAUCCUGGGACUGGCUUUUGGUCACCUGGAGAGUAAGUCCAGUAUAAAGCGAGUGCUGGCUAUCACUGCUGUGCUUGCUUUGGGCUACUCCAUCACACAGGGCACACUAGAGAUCCUGUAUCCAGACAGCCACCUGUCUGCUGAGGACUUUAACAUCUAUGGACACGGAGGAAGGCACUUCUGGUUGGCCAGUUCUUGCUUCUUCUUUUUGGUGUACUCUUUGAUUGUGAUCUUGCCUAAAACUCCAGUGAGGGAGAGGAUAUCUCUUCCAUCUAAGAGGAGUUUCUAUGUAUAUGCUGCCAUCCUGUCUUUACUGAACCUCGUCCAGGGCCUGGGCAGUGCCCUGCUGUGUGCCGGAAUCAUAGAGGGACUCUGCUGUGUGGAUGUCACCACCUUCCUGUACUUCUCUGCCUUUGCUCCGCUCAUUUAUGUCACAUUCCUCAAGGGAUUCUUUGGUUCAGAGCCCAAGAUCCUGUUCUCCUACAAGUCACAGGUGGACGAACCGGAUGAAAGUGACGUCCACCUUCCACCGACGGUCGCUACAACCCUUGGCCGCAAAGAGCUGACUGACCAGGGCCUGUUCUACUCCUCCACUCAGAUCGAUGGCUCUGGUCGCAGCUCUCGUAUGGUUGGAGCAUACUUGGAUGAUGUCGCCUCCGGGCCCUAUGGGUCCAGCAGCAUUAACAGUAUAGAAGCUGAACGCUGGAGACCUGUCAAUGCGUGAAAGAAUGAAGAGGAGAGAGGAAGAAGAGAGGGUGUUAUACAGCUCCACUUUAAUGUUGUAUGUAUGUGGUGUGUAAUGCAGGGUGGCGCUCAGAGGAGUUGGUCAAAAAAUGCAGAACAAAACAGUUGGAAACCAAGAACGGGUAAUCAUGGUUUGACGCCAGGAUAAGUUAACAAGUGGACACUUAAGGACAGACCUUUGCUAGCCAAUUAUGUGGAGGACUAUGAAUUUAGCAACUGCAUUUGUAACACUGUUGCCAGAGUGCACUGCUGCUGUAGCUCCACACUAGGAGUACUGUCCCUGAUUGCGGCCCCGUCAGACUCCGUUCUGUUCAACGGGCUCUUAAAUGUGGGAGCUUACCGACUCGUCUCUCGGCACAUUUUCUUGUCAUUCCAGCAUCAUGCAUCAACUGCUUAACCUUCAGUAAUGACGUUUAAAAUCCAUUUAAAGCACCCGAGUCUUUAACAUUUUUUUGAUGGCAACUCAACAUCUGCACAUUCCCACCAAAAGCUUUGAAUAACAGCAUCUCAGCUGAAAUUGUUAUCUGCUGCCUUGUAUUAGAUUUGUGACUCAACUGGCUAAUCAUUUAUUACUGAAUCGCCGUGCCUCUCGACACAGGGCAAGGACUAGUGCUAAUUAACUUUGAUAGGCGUACUUUGUCCUCUGAAAUAGACGCCAUCCCGUCUGUGAACAAGUGAAAGGUUUGAGCGUGAUGUGUGUCACUGCAAUAGGAUAAUGAAAACAGCAACUCCUUAAUACAGGCAGUGUGUUCACACUGAAGUUCACAGACCAUCUAGAUUGCUCUCAAAUAGUGUCUCGAGCUAUCUGCCAUUUCACUCCUUUUUAAUUU